UGAAUUUCUGUUAUAUUUUUACAAUAUUUUGUGCCAUUUUUAUAAUGGCUGUUAUUUUUGUCAAUUCCAUCGAGGCAUAUGUAGCCGGGCUUUACAAUAAAAGGAUUACGUCUCAAGUAAAAACAUUUCACCUUGAAGACCCGUUAAGUAUAGAAAAUUUGCAAAGUUCAUCAAUUUUUUUCACAGAAAAUGAGAAUCAUGGUAAACGAAAGCGGCGUCAAACUAUAGAUGACAUGUUGCGUAAUAUUCCCCAAACUAUGGAGAAUGAAAAAAUGGAUUUAGAAUCUUUGUCAGCAGAUUAUGAAACAGAUUGUGCUAAACCUGUUCGAUUUCCGGAGGAAAUUAAACAAACUUCGCAAAUAGCAAAUCAAAUAAACAUUCUGAAGCUGGAGCCUCAAAAAUUAUCUAGACAAGUUGCUGUUCUUAAUCAUGAGGCAAAUCUGAUGGAAAAUUCUGAAGAGGAAAAGGAGAAUAGUAUUGAAAAUAAAGAAGAAUCGAAAAUAUCUGAUAGUUAUAAAGCAAAAGCUGGUGAUAAAACUAAUAGUAACUACAAAUUUAAAAAGCUUUCGGCAGGAAAGAAUGAAUUUCGUAAUCGAAAUACAAUGAAUGAUAAGUUAAACUUAUAUAAAAGUAUUUUAAACGAUGAUCAAUUGAUAAGUGCCAAACAGACUGCCUGUUGUUCAAAUUCCGAUUUAAGCAGUUGUCAACAGUGCUCCCAACACAUAGAAGGAGGAGCUUUAGCCAAUCGUUAUGUUAAAAAUAAAAAUGAUUUGAAGUUGAAUAAAAAUCAGCCUUUGGAAAUGGAUAGUAAAACGAAAUCAAAAGAUUUAACUAAAAAUUUUGAAAACAAUAAGAAAUUUAGUGAAUCAACUUUUAAAAAUCAAAAAGAUGAGGACGAAGAAGAUGACGCAGAUGAGGAACAGGAAGAUUUCAAUCAACUUAAAUAUCCAGCAGCUGUUCUUAAAAAUUCCAAACAAGCAGCACAAAACCUUAAUAUAUCUUCUUAUAACGACUUCUCUUCACCUAAGAAAAAUUCCGAAACCAGCAAUCUAAAAGAUAAAUCCUUAACAUGGAACUCUUACCAACCCUUAAAUGAUGAUCAGCUAGAAAAUACCAAAAAUAAUCUUUCCCACGAAGCCAACUAUAAACUCUCCAAAACUGAACAGGAUGUUGCGGAAAAGAAAAAAGAUUUUUCCUGGAAAUGGGGUAUAUUCAAGAGAUCACAUCAAUUUAAUCCCAUGAAUGAGAUCAAACUAAAGACCAGUAGUCGUCUGAUGAAAAAAGGUUUUGGUGCCUCUUUGCCUAGUUACUCUCUGGGAGAGACACGCAAAGAGCUAAUGAUAGAAAAUAUGUUAAGGAAAAAGGAAAAGCUUUUAUUGAUGGAGAAACAAGGUAAAUAUGAUGUGGAUAAUAUGGGAAGUUUGAAGGAAGCAUUUGGAGAGGAUAUUAUGGAGCCUUAUGAUCAGUUAGAUGAAGAUUUUGUACAUAAACCUUUGGAAGUGGAUCUAGGUUCAAUAGCGCAAAAAUACCGCGUUUAUAAUAGACAGAAGAGAAUAAGUGAUGCAAUCAAAAGAUUUAAAAGACACACAAGAAGGGAAAAUGUUAAGAAGUCAAAUAAAAAGCUUUUGAAAGUUAAAGAGCCAAAAGCUAAAGAUGACAAUCCAAAGGAUGUGCAAGCGUAUACAAAAAACGGAACUGAUAUAAAGUAUGCUAAAGGUAAGUCUGUCGAAAACAACACAAAAAGCUUUAUCAAAGCUUUAAGUUCAAAAAAUACAUUUGCCAAACAGACAAGUGAAGACAGAUCAUUGGAGCUUUUGAAACAAUUAAAUAAAUUCGAUUUUAAAUUAUACAAUUUACAAGCUUUAAGCUCUUUACCAAAUGAAAAAGCUAAUAUUGACAAAAUUCCAUUUUCCCAACCAUUACAAAGAAGAAAACGUUCUUUACAACUAGAGACAUCUUCAAAAGCUUUUAGCACUAAUGAAACUAAAAAGCUCUUUUCAAAUACAACUAAGAAAUCUAAAAGUACAUCUACUACUUUUAAGCUUGCCAAACGCUAUAAUACCUUAAAGGCUUUACAUUCAACAAAUAAUAAACAUUUUACAAAGCACCAAGCUUUUGAUGUUAAUAAUCAUAAAAAGCUUUUAAAGCAUACAACUAAAAUAACAGAAGACGAUAUAAAAGAAAAUAAGUUAGUACAAGAUCUUAAGUACGACCUUAUCAAAGGACAAGUUAAAAAAUUAUGCCAAAAAGCUUUAAAAAAGCCGUUAAAAGCUUUUGCUAAGAAUACUUUGUCAAAAGAUCUCAGUAAUACUGAGAUUCUAAGACAUUCACUUAAUAAAAUAUACAAAGCUUUUAAUACAAAUAACAAAACUGCAAAAGUCUUUAACAAAUCAAAAGCUCAAGUUCAAAGAAAUGGUUUUCAAGAUUUUGAAAACGAUAAAAAGUUUGGGGAAAGUUUCAACAUAUAUCCAACAAAUUUUACCAAAAGCUUUCCUACAUUUUUAUUAAGGAAAGUUAACAAAAAUAAAAGCUUUUCUCAAAAGCUUUUAAACCAAAAACAAUUAAAUUUUGUGAAAAAUAUUCAUAAUAUGUCUUCAAUUAAGGACAAUAGUUUAGGGAAAUGUCCUGCUAAUGAUUUAAAAGCUUUUAGAGAAACAAACCAAAGCUUCACAGUGGAAAAAGCUGAAAAUGCUAAUAUUACGAAAAAAAGCUUUUAUAAAGGCAAAACUGAUUUAACAGUAAUGGGAGAGAAAAACUUGUAUGUUAACAAUAGCAACGAAAGCUUUCAUAAUAAAGACCAAGAAAACUUGAAUACGUAUCAAAAAAGUUUGUUAAAGAAAAGCUUGAAAAAAAGCUUUAAAACUAAAUUAAGUUUCAAAACAGCUGUUACCAACGACAUUAAAGACUUAAACAGAGAAAUCCAGCUAAACGAGUCCACGAAAUCUGAUAAAAGCUUUAAACGUUUAAAACGUUCUUUAAAAUCAAAUCCCGAAGAAAAUGGCAUAAAAUCUGAAACAAACAAAAAUUACCGUAAUAGAAAAUAUACUUCUUACUAUGAUGAUUUAUAUAAACCACAAUUCAAUUUGGAUUAUGCUAACACAAAGCUUUUAAAAUCAAAUGCAGAAAAUGAAUUCUUGAGUUCACGAGAACUUUUCAAAAAUGAAGAAUUACAAAGAAAUCUAAAUAAAGAUUUCGAUUUUACAUUUAAUAGAGAAAAAUUUGAUAAUUUAAAUGACAAGUCGUUGCCAUUGCAAAAGUUUGGCGAUAUAAAUUACAAUAAUUUGUGGCAAAAGGAUGAACCACACAAAAGUGAAAAACGUUUAAUAAAAAAAUCUACAAAUCGAAGAAAUAAUGCUAAACAUCGUCACCAAAAAGCUCAUUUUAAAAGACAAAAUUUAGCUUUUAACAACAACAAUAUCACCGAUAUCACAGCUAAACUAAAAUUAGAUGAUUUCCCAAGGAAAGUUCAAUUGUUAAAAGAUAAAUAUUUAAAUGAUUUACAAAAUUUUAAUAAAAAUUAUAAAUUUAAUGAAAAUCAUUUCACUUGGCCGCAAACAAAUUUCAAAAACUAUAUUGAUCCAAAAGACAAUUCCACGGAUAUUUUGACAACUACAGAUGAUUCUAAAAAUCUAACAUUAGAAUUGCGUAAUGAGAUUUUAAAUUGUAAAGCUUUUGCCAGUUUAGAAGAUUUUCUAAAGUCUUUACCGCAAAACAUAACCAAUUCCCUACUUAAUCCCAAAACCGAAACUAGUUUGUAUACUAGCACCGAAAAAAUUGUAAUGGAUAUAGAUACUCAAGUCAUAACAGAAACUACAACCAUUUCACCGCCUACAGUUUUAGACUCAACUAUAAUUUGUACAACCACUGAAGAACUAGAAACUACUACAGAAACCACUGAAGAUAAAACCCAGCCCACUGAAGUCGAUUAUGAGCAAAUAACGGAAUGCAGUUCGGAUGAGGAUUUAAAUGAAACUUCCACAGAAGCUGUCUCGGAAUCUGUAACUGAGGAGGAUUUGACACCUACAACCUGUACGGCUGACAACGAUGUCAAAUUAAAUAUUUCCAUUAAUGCUAAUGUACAUGGCAAUCUCCAGGCAAAUCAUUUCUGUGGUAAUGGUUCAUUUAAUAUUAUACCCGGUUUGAAGGAUGAUCGCCUUAGACGUGGAACUUUUAGUGGUCCUUUGGAAAGUUUUCAAAAGAGAAAAUGUGAUGAAAUACCAACCCAAAAGCCAUACGAUACCGAGGACAAUCAUGAUAUUAAUGACUUAAUGUCCGGUAAAUAUUCAAAUAAUGUUGUCAAAAACAUAUUUAAAACUGUUCAAGAAAGUCCCGACUUAAAAGCUUUAUGGCCCAGUUUAAAACGUAAUCAACCAGGAGAAACCACUACAGAAUCAAACUUUUUUGCCAUAAGAAACGAGCAAAAUGAAAAUGUUUUACAAAACUCCGAAAAGCUUUUGGCUCAGGUAAUGUCCUCCAUUAAUACAAUUAUCGAGUCUCAAGCUAGAUCUCAUGCUUGUGUGCCAUUAAGACCCGAUUUACAAGAAUUCUAUAAUAUGAUAUUACAAUCUCGACGAGAACAGGAUAUGGUAAGAGAAAAACGCCAACUUAAACGUUUACACAAAAGAGAAGAUUUCAGUUAUAAGACUAAUUUAAUAGAUCCCAAUGAAAUUGAACAAGAAACGAGAUUAGUAAAAAAGUUGCUAAAACAAUAUGAAGAACAACAGUCAAGGGAGAAUCAAAUGCAGGAGAAAGCUGUUAAAGAGGAACUGCUUGAGAAUUUAUCGAUUUUACAACAGCUGCAGGAUAAUGAAAAGAGGCAAAGGCGUAAAUCGAAAGCAAAUUUAAGUGAUAAUAAGUUAGCAAAGGAGCACUAUAGUGGUGAAUUUUUGAAAUUGUUAAAAGCUGCUGAGUUUUAUAAGGAUAUCUCGAGGGACUGAGAAAAUUGCUAAUUUAAACUUUAGUUUAAUUAUUGUUUAUAUAUUUUAAGCUUUUGCUAUUUAUUAAA